AUGACUGCGAGCAAUUACGCACAGAAGCUAAACCGCAAGUACGGCCUCCUCUUUACAGCUGGGCCGCUGUCCACAUCCGCAACUGUGCGGGCCGCGCAGCUGGACGACUACGGCAGCCGUGACGCGGAUUUUCUCGCCGCCGUCGCAGAGGUGCGGCGCAGCGUACUGCGAAUCGGCGAGGCCCCGGAGGCGGAUUGGGCCUGCGUGCCGAUUCAGGGCUCUGGUACAAUGGGCAUUGAGGCAGUGAUCAACACAAUCAUCCCACCGAGGGAUGCGGGCGCCUUUAUAGUGCUGCGCAACGGUGCCUACUCUUACCGCAUGGCCUCCAUCGUGAAGAAGCGUGGUGGUACUGAGUUGGCCGUGUUCGACACGGAGGAGGGCGCUGACGUGGACGUUGCGGCGUUCGAAAAGCAGCUCUGCUCCAUAAAAGGGCCACUUGCGGCUGUUGGUAUUGUCCACUGCGAGACGAGCACAGGCAUGUUCAACCCCGUUCACGAGGUGUGCGAAAUUGUGCGCCGCCAUCGCCCGGAGGCCACCGUCUUCGUGGACGCGAUGAGUUCGUUCGGCGCCGUUGAGUUCCGUGUACCGGAUGUGUGCGACGUGCUAGUGACGUCCGCGAACAAGUGCCUUCAAGGCGUCCCCGGCUUCUCCCUUGUGGUGGCGCGACGCGCGCUGCUGGAGCGGUGCCGCGGUUGCUCGCCGAGCUUCACACUUGACGUGACGAGCCAGUGGGAUGGCCUCGAGAAUAGCGGUGGACAGUUCAACCAGACACCACCGGUGCAGGCGAUUGUGGCGCUGCAGCAGGCAUUGCGGGAACACGCAGACGAGGGCGGCGUUGCCGCGCGCGCAGAACGCUACAGGGAGAUGAACCGCUACAUCGUCAACCGCAUGACGGGUGAAUAUGGAUUUGAGCUCUUCCUUGACGACACGAAGCCGUCGUAUGGCUACACCAUCACUGCCUUCCACAGCCCACGGGCGGUCAACUGGGAUUUUAACAUGUUCUACAAUGAGCUGAAAGACGAGGGCUUUGUGAUAUAUCCCGGAAAGGCAUCAUUCGCCGAUACAUUCCGUAUCGGGACACUUGGGGAUAUUCACAUGCCAGAUUGCGUUGCGCUAAUGGAUGCCGUGGGAAGAGUUCUGGCGCGAAUGAACGUCACGCUUAAGGGUAGUAUCAGGUGA